CUGUGUCGUUUGCAUGAGUCUUUCUGACUGGCUGCUUUGAAUUCACUCAAAGAGACACUCCACUCUCCUGAUUGGAUGAGAGCAGGAGGGGGCAUGGAAUCUCUGAUUGAAAAAGACCAUAAAUAGCGUGCACAGGCAACCAGACAUACACAGAUGCAACUGCCAGCUACUCUCAGUGAUUUACUACUACAACCUACCACACCGUCCCUGUUUACUGACUAACUCCAGCAGCUUCUGCAGCAGAGUCCAACUUCUCCAUCAUCUCUAAAGGUUCAAGGAGAGUUAUUUUGUAAAAAUAGCAGAAUUGGAAGAGAGAGAGCCAGUGUUAAAGUGUGUUAGAGGAAGUCAUCAUGUCUCUAGUAGUGAAGGAGAAGACUGAGGUGCGUCUGGUGUUCCUGGGGGCAGCUGGCGUGGGAAAGACAGCCCUGAUCAGCCGCUUCCUCCAGGACACAUUUGAACCCAAGCACCGGCGCACCGUGGAGGAACUGCACAGCAAGGAGUUUGACAUCGGAGGGGCCAAGGUCACCAUCCACAUCAUGGACACCAGCGGCAGCUACUCCUUCCCAGCCAUGAGGAAGCUCUGCAUUCAGAACAGCGACGCGUUCGCCCUUGUGUACGCCAUCAAUGACCCGGACUCCCUGGAGGCUGUCAAGAGCCUGCGAGACGAGAUCCUGGCGGUCAAAGAAGACAAGUUCACACCCAUCGUGGUGGUCGGCAACAAGACGGACCGGCAUGGCGAGAGGACGGUGUCCAGCGAAGACGUGCUGUCCACUGUGGAGCUGGACUGGAACAACAGCUUCUUGGAGACGUCUGCCAAGGAGAACAACAACGUACUGGAGGUGUUCAGGGAGCUGCUGCAACAAGCCAACCUGCCCAGUCGGCUGAGCCCCGCACUGAGACGACGCAGGGAGACCUUCCCCAAAGACGGCAACAAACGCCCCCCCAUGAACAAGACCAACAGCUGCCUCAUUUCCUAAGGCAGAGGGGCUGGAGGGGUCUGACAGACAGACAAAGACAGACAGGGGACAGAGAGGCUGAGGAUGGGGACCCGAAGCUGGGUCAGUGUUACAGACAAACACAGUGGAGUUGAAUGUGCUACUACUGCUGCUGCUAUAGACCGUGCUGCUGAGUUGGAGUCUGACGGCUUCAAUUCCCUGUAAGCCUCCUCAUCUAACCAUCCUAAGUAUCUCCACCACAGCAUUUCCACUGAAGUACAGGAAAGGAACACUGACUGUUAAAGGGGAAGCGGAACUAAUGACAUCACACAGGUGUGGGACAUUGAUAAAUCUGAAACUAAAUGAAAGAGGUGCAAGAACACAAUGUCCUGAAUGUGGUGGUGUCAUUGUUAAAAAUAUACUGUGACAGUGCAAAAGUGGCAAUGAGCUUACUUUGUCAAGUUUUCAAUCUAUGUCCUACUAUGUUACUGUUGUGUUUGCCUUUUGUAAGUGUUGACGGUGUUCACUUGCAAUAACUGUGACGAUAGACAGUUGUGGCUAAUUGGGAAAAGGCUGAAUUUGGACAACGUGUCAUGAGAGCUUUUUUUAUUCAUCAAGUGAAGUUUCUUUGCGACAAAUCUUUAUUUUGCUUGUCAUGGCAACAAAUCAUAGUAUGUUCUGAGUCAACUCUGGUUGCGUUCCUCAUUCUAUAAAACCAAUUUGUUGUUUGGCAAUAUUCAUAUGCACUUAGGAGUUAUUUUGCACAGAUAUCAUUAUUUAUUAAAAAACGUACAAAAUGUGUUCAAAUAUAAAUGAUAUAGUGUAUUGUUUUUCUAUGAAAAUUUGAAGUACAUGUUGAUGAUUAAAUCAUGUUUAUUCACCAAAACAGUAUAACAAAUACGUUAUGGCUUUAUUACUUGUUGUAUAUAUAUUGUCUAUUCAUGAUAAAUAAAAUAUUAUUAUAUAUCAAAGUAUUAGUCAUGGUCAUUUUCGGUGGACUCAUUUUGGCUCGUGCUUACUGGAAAAGAAAGUGCAAUAAACUAAUGGCCAAGUAAUAACACAUCUGGUAUGAGGUGUGACAAGGACUUAUUUAUCAUGCAAACAUCAAAUCUCUUUACCCAAGUCAAAACUCAACAAGCCAGAGACUGUAUAACAGACUAGCCAGAGAUGAUAUUUAGAACUUACAAAGCAAUACCCCCAAAAAUCUGUCCAUUUCCAGUAU